UCCGUCUAGGUCUAUCCUGAACUAGUACCCAUUCUAUACGCUUGCCAUAUUCUCAUCACGCCGCAUCUGCACUCCCUCGAGAGGCUGAGCUAUAUGUCUCAUCGAAGGGUUCUACGAUGAAACAGAGAUCUACUCCCUCUUGGCGCUUCAUUGGAAUGGUCACACUUCUCUUGAUCGCACCAACAACGAUGUCAGCCGAGAGUUACCAGCUGGUCCCAAGAUGGGGUGCAGCCUCGGCAUAUGUCUCGUCCCCACCGUCAGUCUUGAUUCAAGGCGGCAAGGUCGAUUCGACCGAUUUCUCAUCGUACGCAUCUGGCGUCAAUUCGGCGGAUCUCAUCACCAUCCCUCUCGACGCUUCUUUCGAUGUGACCUCUCCUCCGGUGUCUCAACUCAGCUUCGCCAGUGCAGGCCCACCGUAUGCCUUCCACACCCUCUCUACGGGAGAUGAGAAUUCUUCUCUGCUCUUUGGCGGAGACUCCGGCGGGUCUGAGCCGGUCGAGACUAGCGCAACAUCUGUUUGGCUUUUGAACAGCACAGGCUUCACUCAUGAGCCUGAAGCCUGGGGAAGCCAGCCCAUACGCAGAAUCUAUCAUUCGGCUGUGUCAUCCGGAGGUACGGUCUACAUCACUGGCGGUCUCAAGAACGAUGGAUCUGGGCAAGCGUUCAGUGAUACCUACGCAUUCGACUCCAGCUCUCAGGUCUUUACUCCCAUGCCUCCACUACCCUCCGGACUGUACCAUCAUACGACUGCCCUGCUACCUAAUGGUACCCUACUUGUUGUUGGAGGUGUCGCUAUAUCUACUCUCACCGGUAAUCCAAGCGCCAUCGACAUGUCCACAGUUUAUACUUUCGAUACGAUCGCCGAUGGGUCGGUCUGGGAAGAGAGAAGUCUUGUUGGGAACCCUCCGACUGGACGUCGAGGCGCCACUCUGGUUCUCAAUGACGCUGGUGAUCAAGCAUUUCUGUAUGGCGGAGCCGAUGCCGGCUUAAGCCAAGCGAUGGCGGACGGGUGGAAGUUGGACCUGACGGGCUGCACAUGGUCACAGGUCUUGAGCAGUGAUGGUUGGUCAUCCUAAAUGGUCUAAAGCUGAUGACAAUUCCAGAUGUAUCCGGGCGAUUCGAUCAUAAUGCACUGAACGUGGGAGGAGAUCAAGUGCUGAUUGUUGGAGGUAUGCCCACUUUGACAGAUUCCAGCUCAUCCCCUAAGGCUAUGGCACUGAUGGACCUGCCGAGCCUGGUAUCCACAUUUUCAACCUUCAGUCAAACACCUGGCAGCAGAG